AUGUCCCUGGGCGCCAGGGCUCUCCCGCGCACCCCAGCUCUCUGCACCUGCCGGGUCCCCGCACCUGCCCUCCCCGGGACUCCAGGGCGCACGGUCGCCCGGGGGAUCGCGGCGCCCCCACGCCCAGAUCGCGGCGCUCCUGGGGAGGGGAGCAGGACAUCCCCGAAGGCGGCCGCGCGGGAGGCGGGGAGGUGGCGGGGCGCGCGGGGAGGGCGGGGAGCCCGCGGGAGGAGGCGGGGUGGGGGGAGUGGGGCGGGCGGCGGGGCGGGAGCAGGAGGGAGGCAAGAAAGUAAGAAAGUGAGGCUGGCAGGCGGCGGCUCGGAGACUGCGAGCGGCGGCGGCAGGAAGUCUGUGCCCAAGACUAGCGGAGAGAAGAGCCAGAGAGGAACCGCGGCGGCAAGAGCGAAAGAGGAAACUGCAGAAGAGGAAGCUCUGCGGCAGCCCGGAGCCUCCCGCCCCGCGCCCGGCAUCCCCGCGCCGCUCCUGCGCCCGCGCCCGCCGCGCCGCGCCCCCGGCGCCCCCUCCCAGCGCGCCCCCGGCCGCCCCGCCGCGCCGCGCCGCGCUCGUCUGCCAUGGCCCGGGAGAACGGCGAGAGCAGCUCUUCCUGGAAAAAGCAAGCCGAGGACAUCAAGAAGAUCUUCGAGUUCAAGGAGACCCUCGGAACGUAAGUGGGCACCAGGGAGAAGAGGGUGGAGGUGGCCGCGGUGGUGGCGGCGGCGGCUGCACACGCGGCUCCUGCUGUCACCGCCACCUCCGCAGAAAUCAGCUCGUCGCUGCGUCCUGAUUGUCGGGUUCACGGCUUUGCCAAGCACCCCCCCGCCCCGCGCCCACCGCGUGGGUCUGCGCCCCCGGGUGGCACCGCUUCUGGGCGGGCGGGGGAGGGGAGCGCAGGGCGCGCAGAGAGCAGCCCACGCGGGCGGGCGACUUUCCACUUCCCCUGUACCGCCGCCCUCCACCGCUUUCUCCCCACGCGUGACUGUGGGCUGA